CCCGGACGUGAAAAGCAAAUUUUAUUUUAAAAUGAAAUCUCAAAGAUUUGUCGAGGAAACGCAACGCGAUUUUUUUUUACAAAAUCGGAAUCGAUACAUCGAAAAUGACGGUUAAACGUGGGUCGAUGCAUCGACGCGUAGAUCGUGUGAAGCGUGAACGUCUCUCCGGUUUGUACCAUGGAUCUUUAUCGUAAUUCUAAUUUAGUGCCAAGUGAUUGUCGAAGUGAGUGCGAUGCACGAGUUACAAAGAAUCUCUUCUGUUCCUGUGCCGAUAGAAUCUUCUCGUAAGCGGAACGAAUGAAAAUCCCCGCGGCACUGACGACCAUGACGACGACUAUGGCAAAUCUGACGGACUCAUUCUGACGAGGAUCUUGCCCCAAGAAUUGGAGAAAACGUUGCAGCUUAUUGUAAUAAGGAAUAUCGAAUAUGUCGAGAGCGCGAUCCCUUUCUGUUAUCGUCCUCGUUUCAACGUUCCCGGAGCGAGCCGUCGCAAACAUUUCGGACCGUGAAGAUGAGCGCUAUGGACAGGUACGAAUUAUAUUGACGUGACGUUUUAAAUUACGUCACGUCCUGUUGUCUGACAAUCUGACAGCUGCAAUUACCCAUGUGGGCUCUUCUCUAUGUCUCUUAUGGACUGAAAAUGAUUCAUAUCUAACAGCGAAGGAGGAUGAGGCGAUAGUUGUCUCGACGGCCACUGAAGACGUUGGCGAUGGACUCCAGGGCCACGAGAAUGACACCGAAGCCCCCAUGGAGAGCGUUUACAUGAUAUGCGGGGUAUCGAUCGCACUGGUCCUAGUCGGCAUCGUGAUAGUUCUCCUCGCGGUGACUAUCAGCAAACUGAGAAAACGGGAAGACCAUCACCAUCAAUCGGCUUCCCCUGCCACGAUUCACCCCGCGACGGUGGAAGGGAUAGGAUUAGAAGGAGGUGGAAUGAGGAGAACCACUACCACUAUAGUCCAAACGACCAUGAUGGUAGAUAACAAUAAUUGUACUACAUCCACUACUCUGGCGACCACCGAGACAGGGAUAGUAGGGCCCUGUUUGAUAGAGGAAGAGGAGGGAGAGAAGAGGCACGUCUAUGGGACAAAAGAACAAUUUGUCUGGCAGUUCCCUCCACCGUACCCCCCGGUCCAACAGUAUGGGUUCUACAAUGAUCAGGAGAGUCUGGUUCACUCUUUGCCGGGGGUAGAAAGGAACCCCAGUUUCGCCAAAGGGAUACGUAAAAACAUCGGGAGAUGGCGACGUCUCGUUAGAAGAAAACCGGAAACGGACUGCUGCGCAAUACCUCCGGAACUGAAAGACCAACUAAAAACUAUUUACGUCUACUGACGAUUAUCGUCAUUCUUAAACGAAUGAAAGUAAUUAUCGUCGUCCUGUGCAUAUGUAUAUAAAUAAUUAGGAGACUCGCAUAAUUUGAUAAUUAGUCGAUUAGCAUAAUAUGUUUUAGUAUUUUUUAAGCAUUAAACACCGACAAGUGCCUCCCUGUAUUAUAUGAUAGUAAUUUUUAUAAGGAUAAUUGUAAAAUAACAAUAAUAGAAGUUUGUCCAUUACCUAGUCAGUUAUUAAUAAUUAAUUGUUAAUUGUAAUACUUUCGUUUCUCUUGUGAAUAUUGUAUUAUAUAUUUUUUUGUGAAUAUAUAUAACUAUCGGAAUACAACGAUGACCAUAACGUACGAGAUGAAUAAAACGUAUUUCAAUAUA